AUGGUGAAAGAAAACAAAAUUGUUCAUAAAUUAGGAAAUUCGAUGGCUGAGAAAAUCCUCGCCAGUCAGACGAUCAACUUUUGUACAGUAGAUGCAGGUACGACGGUGAAAAUUUGUAAUAAAUUUAUUCAUCCACUGAACGGAAUUUUAGAAUAUGUGCUUUAUCAGAAGGAAAAAGCUAAAUUGAUUAUUCGAGAUUGUAGUGGAAAAAGGGUAUUACCGAAAACGCCUAAACGACAGAAUAGAACGGUUAAAGUUGCAGCUCGGAUUGGAGCAUUCGUAGAGGAAUUAUCAGCAAUUGAUUUAAAAAGUAAACCAAUUGAUGAAGCUGAUGGCACAAAAAAUGAAUUAUCCGAAACAUCUGUUCAUCAAAUUCCAGCACACCGUUCUAAAGGUAUGGAAUUACGGAGUCAUUGUUGUCCUUGUCCUUCGACUCCCAAAACACCUAUAAGUGUGCUUGGAGAAUCUUCAAAAUUGCCUUGUACUCCCAUAAGAACUUGCAAUAAUAUGGCUAAAGAUUUUGGUGCUCGAAAAAUUACUAAAACUCCAGUGAGAAAUGAACAUUCAACAAACCUAAAGGCUGGUAAUGCUGUGAGAAAGUCUGCGAUUAUGCGUAAAUUAGAAGAAAAAGCAAGAAUGGUUAUCAUGAAUAAAGAAGAAAUCAUACGAGAGAAAGUAGAACGUGCCAAAAGGUGGUGUUUGAACGAAGAUGGAUGCGAUCAUGUGAUAUUUUGUCUGUUCGAUGGACCUGUAAAAUAUACUUUAGACAAGAGUGGUCAAAAACCUUUAAAAGGGUAUAGGCCAUACGGUCGCUUACCCGUUUUUCUACUCAAAGCGGAAUCUGUCUUGUCAGAUAUGAUAGUCGCUACGCCAUUUUGCCCCGAAUUAUCCGAUGCACCACAGCCAAUACCUCUAUUCCGAGUCAAGAUUACCCGGAUUGUGCAUUUAUCGCAUGUACCACUGGGAGCAUCAUGCGCAUCGGGAGACGCGGACGCUGUAUCAAAAAUACCAUUUCAUAUAUUGCAAAUUACUUGUACACUGUCAUUAUUUCAUGCAUAG